UACUGUAGCACCUAAAACAUUAUGUCAUUGCCUAGCACUCUUUGUAUGAUAGAUGAAUGUUUGAAAAUAUAUGUGAAAGACAGACAGACAGACAGACAGGCAGCUUUAUUGAGGUUGGGUAUGCGUUUGCCAUUGCCUCUGUCAGCAACCUUAUGUGAUUGCGGCACAGCCUUAGAUCCUGAAGGAUAUCAUCUGAUUACUUGUAAGACAGGUGGGGGACCAGUUUGGUCUCAUAAUUCAAUAGUCUCUGCUUGGUCCGAGUGUUUGAAACGCGUGUCUCUUCCCCAUACCGUUGAGCCAAGAGACUGUUACAGCAGCUCUCAGUCCAGACCCGAUAUUGCUGUUUAUAAUGCAACCGACUUUAACGUUGAGCUCGACAUUUCCUUAGCCCACCCAUGGAGCACCGACAUAAUUUCAGUCGCAGCUACAACUGAUGGAUCUGCUGCUUCAAAAAGGGAGGGAAAGAAGAGAGAGAAGUACAGCAGAGAGACUCACACUAGUGGGGGUUCUCCAUGCCUAAUUCCACUGGUGUUUGAGCAUUAUGGCCGCUGGGGAAAUGCAGGAGAAAAGUUUCUCCAUCAAAUCUCUCUGCGAUCACGAGAUGAUGACGGCAAGCGGUGUAACAGUAUGGUUUUGGCGAAGAAGAUUGACAGAAUAGUGUGUAGAAAUGACUCCGUAGCUGGUUUUUACAGUUACCAGAGUGUACGUUAAGCUUUCAUUUCAUGACCCUAAGGGUCUUUUUUCUUGGACUCAUAGAUAGUGAUUUAGCGUUGACUGUAAUAGCGUUGAUGUUUACCAAUAGAUGUUUUUGACAGACAGACAGACAGACAGACAG